AUUUUGUUUAAGUUAUCUAUUUGGAGGAAACAUCAAAUUUAAUUCAUUCUCAAGAGAUGGCGCAACGUCACUCAUCUGUCAUUCGAACUGUCAAAUUGAAUCAUAUGUUGUUUGUGGUUAUUAUUACGCUGUAUCUAUGACGUUUACAUCAAAAACGGUUUCAUUCAUUUUAAGUGAAGGAAUCGUGUGUUUGAUUUAAAUCUUCAGGUGACAUUUCGUGACGUAACGUGCCGAAAUGAACGAAUACGUAGCGGUUUAGAACGGGCGAAGCGGGACGUGGUCUUUACAAUUUGGUAUUUUAACAACACGAGCAACUGACAGUGUUCUUCUUGACGAUACGAUGUGAGUACGGGAGUUAAACCAUCACCGUAAACGGAUUCCCAAAAAUGACGAUAACAAGCAUGUUGGUGUCUGUAGCCGAACUUUCAAACAUACUAUCCAUUCUGGCGGUGUUUUUCUGUUUUUGCGCCAUGAUCCUGUUUAUUACCAGAAACAUGAUGGUACUGAGAGUGCACGGCGAUGAAAUCGUUUUUCCAACCACCAUACAUCAUAUGCAAGCUAGAAUACCACAAAUGAACAUGAUGAAAGUCCAUAUACCGUUUACAUUUAAACUAUUAGAAACUACAAAUUCUUCAUAUGCAGAUAUGAAAUGCAGCGUUUCAAGUCAAGUAAAAUAUUGCAUAUAUGCUUACUGGGGUGUGAGCAUUCAAGAACUUCACGUUUGCCUUUGGAAAUCCUGGUCGAUACUUCGUGAAGCUUUUUAUACGGGAGAUUUUUUAAAAGGAAGUUAUAAACAAUUUGGGGUUGAAAUUAAAAAAAAUCCUCAUGCAGAUGAAAUGAUAUCCUUAAGUUUACCAGCCCAACAGAUGGAUUUGGGCCCACCUCCAAGGUUGUAUUAUCCUUUAGUAAUAUUUUUGGUUCGCAAUGAUAAAGAAAAUGAUAUUCAUCCCGAUGAAACUGUUGCUUUAAUUAACGUCGUUCAUAUUAAGGAUUCUGUUUGUACGUUGCCUACAAGUAUUUUAGCGCAGUAUUUAAAACAAGCUAAUGGACAAUUAUCUUGUUUGAAGGUAAUAAUUUAAUAUAUGUUUAUUAAUAUAG